GUUGAAUAAUAUUCGGUUAUUGCAACCUCAAGACCCCCCGACAUCGCCAGCCAUGCCGAAGGAAAUCCGUGACAUCAAGCAGUUCAUUGACAUUGCCAGGCGAAAGGACGCCUCCCAGGCCCGCAUCAAGAAGAUCAAGUCACGGGUGCCCGGCUCAAAAGAGAAGACGAAGUUCAAGAUUCGCUGCUCACGAUACCUUUACACCCUCUCCCUCGAUGACCCAGAGAAGGCUGAGAAGCUCAAGCAGUCGCUUCCCCCUGGUCUGAAUGUCAUUGACGUGGACAAGAUCCCCAAGAAGAAGUAGACGCGCACUCGCAUUCUGUUUUCAUCCUUCUUUCAUCGGUCUUGUUCGGGGCGGGAGCACGCCGUGUAUGGAGUACGAGUAGCGAGCGGGUGUGGCGGUUGUGCUGGUCAUGGGCGAUGGACGGAAUGUCGUCGGUGGUGGUCACGUCUCUAGGGCGCCUCGUGCAGGCGGAUUGUAUGUUUCUUCACCACCACACCCAAAACUCAAUUAUGCACGCAUGCAUGACACAUGUCCAUCCUUUCUGUCUUCCUAUAUCUGAUCUCGUGCGCUCCUGGGCAACAUUUCC